GGCCCGUUAAGAGGAGGAAGAAGCGGAAGCGCCGCGAAGAUGAAGCUGCUUGUUGUCGCUCCGCUCGUGCUACUGCUAGCUGCGUGCACGUGCCGCGCCGAUGUGAUCGAGACCAAUGAGAUUGACGACGACAACGAUGAAGUUAGCCAGGACAAUCGCCAAGAACAAGACGUCCCGCUCGCCGAGAUCUUUGACAACGCGGUCCAGGCGUACCUCGACGAGGACUGGCGCGGCUGCAUCUUAGACUUCAACGAGGCUCUGCACAGAUACAAGAAGUACAAACGUAUGGUGACGAUAUGCCGACGAAAAUGCCAAAUGGAGACGGCGGGCUCCUCGCCAAUCUUCGCCGAGGACAUCGAGGAUCUACAUUUCUACGAGAGGAAAGUGCGGGAAACGCUCUGCUUAAUGAAAUGCAAUCAGGAUUAUCGAGAUAUCGCGGGCGCGGGGGCGCUCAAGCGACUCCCACGCGUUUUAGAGAAGAAAUUCGUUGAUCGCGCUGCUUACGAGUAUCUUCACAUCUGCUAUUUCCAGAUAGGAAAAUAUCAGGACGCGGCGAACGCGGUCUUCACCUUCCUGACUUAUCAUCCUGAUCACGAAAUGACGAGGAGGCAUCUCAAGCACUACCUGACCCUACCCGACGUGGUCGAAGAAAGAAUUAUGAAUCUGGAAGCAGCACCCUUCGUUGAAAUGUACAUCCGUGGAGUUCAGGCAUACGAGGAUGAGAAUUAUAAGGAAGCCGUGGACGAAUUCGAGAGUUCCCUCGCGUCUUACAUGGAAUCCGAGGAGGAAUGCAGGAUUUAUUGCGAGGGGCCGUUCGACCAAGGGUGGUACCCCGAGUUUACUUCGUCCAUAGCGAAUCAUUUUGCAUUCUGUCUGAAGUGCAAGCGUGGAUGUUCGCUCGGGUUGAACAGCGUGAACGGCGAAUAUCGGAGCAAUUUGCUCAGCAGUCAUUACAAUUACUUGCAAUUCGCUUAUUACAAGUUGGGCAAUAUAAAAGCAGCCUGCGCAGCGGUUGCAAGUUAUUUAUUGUUUUUACCUGUGGAUGAGACAAUGCUUCAUAAUAAGGAUUAUUAUAGCACCCAGCCGAAAGUGACAGAUGAAUACUUUAUGCCAAGACAGGAGGCACUUGUUUACGUGAAGAGGCAAGAGUAUGAGUUGAUGCUGUUGCAUUACAUAUCGGAGGAGUUCGCAGUGAUCGACGCCAGGUUUGACGCGUUCACCAAGAAGAACGCGAAGAAGACUGACAAGAAGAAAACGAAGAAGAAAAAGGAGGAGGAGCAAGAAUUAGGAAAGAACUCUUUCGCAAGAUUGAUCUUACAUCCUCCUCCGGGUCAUUCUCCAUCCACUCGGAUGCAGUACUUGGGGAAUUUAUCGGUAAUUCGAGAUAAGGAAGAGGAAAGAGAGACGCGACGAGACCGAAUCGCGGUGAAAGAUGUACGAUUGCUAGCAGCGGAAAAUGAGCUCGGUGGAAGGAAUCGCUACGUAGCCGACGGUUUCCUCAAUUCGACCGAGUGCGAUCUGCUUACGCAACUGGCUCAGAUUACCGUGGAAGGAGAUGGCUACGACGAGAACAAGAGCCCGCAUUCGCCUUAUGAACGUUUCCAAGGCGUGACUGUCGGCAGAACCGCUUUGAUGGUGUAUUUCGGUCUGACGAAACCAGAGCUACUGGAACUGCUCUUACGACACACGGAAGCGGCUCGCGAUCACGUGGAAAGGUAUUUCGACCUUGAUCAACAACUGUAUUUCACCUACACCCAUUUGGUCUGCCGAACGGCAUUACCCGAUGCACCGACGAAUCGGACCGACCUGAGCCACGAGAUACACGCUGACAAUUGCCUGAUAAAGAACGAGAGCUCCUGCGUGCGGGAGAGUCCUGCGUAUACGUGGCGAGACUACUCGGCGAUUCUGUAUCUCAACGACGACUUCGACGGCGGCGAGUUCUUCUUCGUCGACGAUCGGAAGGAACGUCGGGUUCAAGGCACUGUGCAGCCCCGAUGCGGACGUAUGGUAGCCUUCUCCGCCGGUGGUGAGAAUCUUCAUGGUGUUCGAGCUGUACGUAGCGGCAGGAGAUGCGCCUUAGCGUUGUGGUUCACUCAGGACGAAAGCUACUUGGAGUACGAGAGGGUGGUAGCCGACACCAUACUGAAGAGGGUUCGCUUGUUGGGUACAGUUCCGCAGGAGAGUACUCGAAUACCUCUCAAGUACGAGGACAUGUUGAUCCAGUGUUUCAAGGAGGACGAGAUGCUGAGGCAUAUACUGAGAGAAUCCUCAUGAGGCAGGAGCGAAGAUGAUAACAUUGAUUGCGCAAGUUUUUACGAGACGUAAGACGAAUGUUUGUUUUACUUUACUGUUGAAUGGCUGGUCCAUUCAGCCGGAAACUCGAGAGAGAAUUUUUUAGAGAUUAUUUUUUACGAAAAUAUAUAAGUUAUAAGUUUAGUGACGUACGAAACGUACGCUUUUGCGAGUCGAUUAGUAUUUAAUCUUAGAAUGCACCAAUGAAAGCUUGUGAAAACUUACAUAGUGAUCGAAUAAUACUACUGUGCCCAAAAAGUAAGACCAAUUUAAAAUUUUUUUUUUAAAUCUUUAUUUAAUAUUCCAAAUCUAUUUCGUCGCCUUUAAAGUAAUCCCCCUCAGACACAAUACACUUAUGCCAACGUUUUUUCCAACCCUCGAA